ACAUGCAUUGAAAAAUGCUUAGUAACAACUGAACAAACUUCGAAUUCUCAUUCCACCUCUAUGGAAAUUGUAACUCUUACGUGAGCAGGAAGAAAUUUCCUCCAAAAGUUUACACAUCACCUAAAAAAAUUACUUUUGAAUGAGUCCAUCUCCAAACACAUUGUUGGAUCCUAAUGUUAACAUUGUUACGUGCAUUCCAAUGCCAUUAAUUUGCUAAGAUAUUUCCAAGUUAGUUGUGUAGAAUUAAUAAUAGUACUAUAAAGAUCAAGGUCAAGGUCAACACUUAUUAUACUUUUUUGUUGCUUACGUAUAGGGUUUGUCCUUGGAAGUUCUUCCUUUCUUUUCCUCACAUUUUCUUGUCAAAUCCCAUUACAUAAACCCUCUUCCAACAUUCUCAUCUCAAACAAUUAUUUAUAUUCCUUAUAGUAAUCUACUUGCCUAAAGAAAAAAAGUUAUCAAUAUAGCAAUGGAAGGAAAACAACAACCAUGCAAAUUAGAAAUCACCAUUAUUUCCGGACAAAACAUAACUGUGGAUGGAAAUUCUAAGACAGAGGAACUAUUUGUUGUUGUUCGAGCCGAGUCUCUUGACUCUUUCACGACAAAAAUGGCGAUGGAAAAUGAAGGUUUACUUUCAUGGAAUGAAAAAUUCAUGUUAGAUAUUCCUCUACAAGCAAAGUCAGUGACAUUUGAAGUUCAAUGUAAUAAGUACAAAGGAAUUCGUCCCAUUGGGGUGGCUAGGAUAGCACUUUCUGAAUUUUUUGGUGAGAAUGUUUUGUUGCAAAGUUGUGAUCAAACUUUGAGUUAUGGGUUGAGAGAUUGGGAUGGUAGGAAAAAUGGUGUGAUUAAUUUUUCUGUAAGGAGGGUGACACAAGAGGAUAAUAUGUGUUUGGAACAAGAACAAGAACAAGGUAAUGACAUACUACUGGUGAGUUCAAAUAGAUUUGAGGAUGUGGGGUUUAAGGUGCAAAUAAGAAAAAUUCAAGCCAUGUUGUCAUUGAGAUUUCAAUUUUUGGUGUCUUGUUUUUCUUAGGCUAGUCUCUUUUCUAUUCUAUUUCUUCGGUUAGAAUGAGUUGAAAGAUAUUUUACUUUAUUUAAUAUAAUUUCUUUGCCAUUCAAAAUAAAUAAAAUAUCACCAGUUAA